UGCAUGCGAGGCGCAAUAAAGGCAGUGGAAUAAAAAACAAACGGAAACCAAGAUCAGUGAGAGGGCAAAAGACAAGUAAGUGCAACAAAAUAUGGUACAUGCAAUCUAUCCUAUCCCAGUAGACUAACGGAUGAAAAUGGCGUGCGGGUGCGUUCCCUAAUUACUGAUUACCCUCCCACUUUUAAUUGCCACCACAGAUCGGCUAUAAAGCCCUCCGCGGCCCCGACAGCUCGCAGUACUAUAUUUUCGAUCGGCCAUCAUGAAUCAGUGGAUUAUCGCCAUUAUCCUGCAGGCUCUGGGUCUGCUCCUACGAGAAGAUCCUGUUUCCGCGAUGACCAUGGACCAGUUCGUCACUUCACUGGACACACUGCGCGCAGGUUGUGCGCCAAAAUUUAAAAUCGAAGCCAGCACCCUGGAUAGACUGCGAAUGGGGGAUUUUAGCCAGGAGGCUUCUCAGGAUGUGAUGUGUUACGCCAAGUGCAUUACUCUGAUGGUGGGGACGGUGAACAAGAAGGGGGAUUUCAAUGCCGCCAAGGCCCUCGCCCAGCUGCCGCAUCUGGUGCCGGCCGAGCUGCUCGAUGUGUCUACGCGGGCCAUCAAUGCUUGCAAGGAUGUGUACAAAAACUACAAGGACUCGUGCGAGAAAGUCUACCAAACCGCCAAGUGCGUGGGGGCGAACGGCGAGGGAAAACUAAUGUUUCCCUAGGUCACGUCCCGAAAAGCAUCCCGAUAAGAAGCCAAAAAGCGAAAGGUUACUGGACCACAGUGCGUAUACUUACUCUGGCGCUUCUCCUUGCCCUGCAAAAUGGAAGUCACAAGUGUUUCCAGUUAGUUUAUGCAAAUAUAACAAGCGAAAUAAAAUAUUCAUAGUCAA